UUACACCACGCCUCUCGCAAGCCAGCGCCCAAUUAGCUGUGCCCUUCACCUGUUCGCGGCCUUUUAUUGGCUUAAUAUUGCUGGGAGGCGGAGAGAAAGGGAAGGCGAGCGACCAAUUGCAGCGCCCACCGCGCGCGCCCUGGUUGCCGGGGAAACCUAACAGCAGGCAGCAGCGGUUCUCAGACUCCGGACAGCAGGUCGAGCAUGGACAGCCACGACAGGGACCCUGCAGGCGAAGGCGGAGCCGAGGAAAGCCUGACCGGGCAGCGGUCCGAGAUCAAGGUCAGCUCUGAACCUCAGAUCCCGGCCGAUCUUGCAGAGUCAGAGCCGAAGCGUGAGUCGGAACCAGUGCAGGAGCCGGACGCGGGGCUGCAGCCGGAGCCGGAGCCUGAGCCCGAGAGCCAGUCGGUGGCGGAAGGCGCAAAAACAGAGGCUUCGGAGGAGAGAGCGUCCGAGCAUGUCGAAGUCCUGGAAGUUGCAGAGGCCGCUGAGGACGCGGGUGAGGCAGUAGGGGACAAGGGUGAGGCCGUGUCCCGAGAGCCAGAGAGCCUGCCGGAGACCCAAUCCGAGACGGAGCCGGAGCCCAAGGAGCCGGAGGACGACGAGGACGAAGUUGAGGAUGAAGACGACUACGAGGACGAGGAAUUCGACAAGCCGGAAAAGCACAAAGAGAAAAAGAGAAAGGGGUCACGGUUCCGGCCCUCUCUGCCACUCACCACUAUCGUCGAGGAGUCGGCUGCUCUAGCCCCAGGGGUUGAGAAAAAAAAGUCAGAGCACAAGAAAGGCAUUGAGGCGAAAGAGGUGACAGGUCGAGAACGACGCAGAAACAGAGAAGAGCAUCUUCACCCUAGAGAGGAGGAGGAUGAGGAUGAUGACGACAAGGAAGACUUCGACGACUUUGAGUGGUCGGCGGAUGUGCAGAAGGUCCAAGAGCAGCAGCUGCGCGGUGAGCUCGUGGGCCAGUACCGCAAUCUGCUGGUGGAGAGGACCCGGUAUCAGCGCUACAAUAUGUACCUGCAGCAGAAGAUUCAGGAGAGCCUACGAAAGAAGGGCCUGGAAGGAGGAGUGGAACCUGUGGAGAAAGUCACGGAACCAGAAUCUCCUGAGAAAGAGCAAGCAUACUUGCGCUAUCUGGCCAUGCUGGAGGAACUGAAGAAACAAGAGGCAGACGACCUACAGUGGUACCGAGAGGAGGUUCGUGAGCUGAAGCAACAGUGCCAGGAGAAGCAGGCCAGGGUGGAGAAAGAGUGGCGGCGCUUCCAGGCCCUGAAGAAGCAGGUGGUGUUGCAGGUCAUGGGCAGCUGCCGCAUGCGCGGUGGGCGCCAGGCCGCUCUGAGAGAGGUGGAACAGAUUCAGGCUCUGGAGGAUAAAAAGGAGAAGGAGAUGAGCGCAGUGCGUCUUGAGAACGUGCAGCUGAAGCAGUGCCUGGUACACUUUGAGACCAGAAUGAAGGCCCAGGAGGACUUGGCUGAGGGGCUGCUCCUCAUUGACUUUGAACAGCUCAAAAUUGAGAACCAGACCUUCAACGAGAAAGUCGAGGAACGAAACGAGGAACUUUUAAAACUGCGUUCCAAGGUGACCAGCAACGUGCAGAUUAUAACCCACGUGAAGGAGAAACUGUCUUUCAUAGACAUGGAGAACACGUGCAAAAAGGCACACCUUUUGGAAAUCGAGGCCCAGGUGGCCCUGGGAAGAGACCUACUGACGAAGACGAAGCAAGCCCGUGACAACCUGCGAACUGACAACAUCAAGCUGAAUCAGAAAUGUGGGCUUCUGGGCAAGGAAUCACUCCUCAGAGACAUGGAAGAAAAGGUGGAGAAAACAGAACAGCUCAACAAGCGUCUGGAAUCCCUGAAGCGCCAUCAUGCCGGACUCACCUUGUCCUGCAAAGGGGUGAAGCAGAAAAUCAGGGAAACCAAAGCAUUCCUCCCCCCUUGACGGUCCUUGACAGGACAGUUGGCAAAACCUCCGAAAUUCCAGAAACUGCCCUUCACUCUCUUCUGCCCUCUGUCAUUCUGUGGGACUUGAAAUGCAACUUUAUUUUUGUCUGUAUUCAGCUUCCAAACUCGUGCUGAACACAUCUGGAUAGCAGUGGUUCCACAUGAGGUUAAGUAAAAUACAUCUAGAGAGAGGAGUGAUUAAAUUGACUUCUGAUGAAAAGCCUUUAUAGCCAAGCAGCUCUAUAGUCUAAAGGAGUGUUAGAACCGUUCCUUGCUUAUAUGUAAGGAUGGCUUAAAGGUUCAACCAGUUGGCAAGGCACAGAAAAUCCCUAUGCAUUGGUCUGAUCACUCAGUCAUCUUUGCACUAAUUAAACUUUACAGUCUUGAAUCACUGUCUCAAUUAGCCCACAAAUUCCCAUCUGUGUGUGGGUUUGUGUGGGCAUGUGGAGGCCUGGGGAACAAGCAUCUCUUGCUCUCCACCUUUUUUUUUUUUUUUUUUUUUUUUUUUUUUGAGACAGGGUCUCUUAGUCAAUUGGGAGCUUGGAUCCUUGGAUCCUAGAAUCUGCCUGUGUCUGUUUCCUAACACUGGGAUUACAGGCAUGCAAGGCCAAGUCUGGCUUUUUUUGUGAGCUCUGGGGAUUUGAGUUCAGAUCAUCAAGCUUUCAAACAAGCAUUCUUACAAUGCACCAGCAAUCUGGCUGUUGGCAGUACAUAACCCGGCUUCCUUUAGAUGACAUAAUUUUGUUUGCUGAAGUACACUGGCUUUGAAGUAAAUGAAGUUAAAAUCUCCUUUCUGACUUCCAUGGCUUCAAAACACUUUAUUUGGAACUGUAACUUAUAUGGUACCUGCAUUACUGAGAACAGUUCAAAAAGCUAACUUCUUUCAUACCCCCCUUAGUUGCUACAGUUUUGGUUUUCCCUCUACCUUGUCCAUUGACAGGGUAAAAUCUUUGUGGUUUCAACUAGGAGCUAGGAUUCAGAAGGCGCUGCAGCUGGGAGGCAGUGGUACUAGAAGAGACGAGGCAUUUUUAUCCUGAAGGCGUCCUUCAGUGUUUUGACUCAUUCAGCCGAUUUGUACCCAUCAGCUACCCAACUGAAUGCUUGCUUGUGAACCUUGAACAUGGUGAGCAGUGGGUCACACAGGGCACCAAUUUAGUGUACCUUAAAUUGCAAAUGUGUCCUAAGUAACAAUUAUACCGUAAGUCCCAAGUGGGCUCCUCGUUCACAGCCCUUCAUGCUGGAGACAUUGCAAUUAAUUACAAGACACUCUUCAUUUGAUUACCUCCCCAUGUGGUUCUAAUUAAAUCUAAGAUGAGCGCUUGAUCAUGAGAUCUCAUCAAGUAGUUCAGGGCUCAGGAAAAAAUGUAGGCACUGAACACAUUCUGCCUGAUAUGAAUUAGAAGUGUCCCCUUCAAUAUCAAAGGAGGGUCUGUAACUCAAGGACAGCCCACAGUAUUGGAAAAGGAAACCUUACUUUGGUGACUUGCCACAAUUAAGAUUCUUAAACUAUGUAAGUAGAAUAGAGUUUACGUAAAUUCAUCUACAGAUAUAAUUUAAGGUUUUGCCACUGAUAUGAGCUGCCUGUCCAUAAAGUAUCAGAGUCAAUGUCUUCCAGCCUAGCACUGCUCAUGUAUUUAACCUCAGAAGGUUCCAGAGUGCAAGUGACAUAGAUUCCAUGAAAGGACACCUCAGAGCACAUCAACUGUGCAGUGACCAAUCUGUCUCCGGCUCAAAAUAUCACUUUGAACCUAAAUAAUCAAUGACAAAAUAUGUGCAAAUUUUAAUAAAAUUGCACUUCCUAAUUAUUUUUUAUUUUUGUUUUUUCAAGACAGGGUUUCCCUGUGACGCCCUCACUGUUCUGGAACUAGCUCUGUAGACCAGGCUGACCUCAGACUCAGAGGUCUACCUGCCUCUGUCUCUGCCUUCCUGGGAGGUGGGAUUAAAGGCGUGCACCACCAUCCCAGAUUAAUAAAAUUACAAGUCUGUCUAGAAGAUUCAGGAAUGCCCAAACUGUAAUCCAGAUGACCUAGG